AAGGGUUGGGGUGCGGGUAGCGAGGCGUGCACUGCUGCGCAGGCUCAGUGGCCAGACGACGGACUGUGUGUUUCCAAAAUGGCGGCAGCGAUGGAUGUGGAUACCCCAAGCGGCACCAACAGCGGCGCGGGCAAGAAGCGCUUUGAAGUGAAAAAGUGGAAUGCAGUAGCCCUCUGGGCCUGGGAUAUUGUGGUUGAUAACUGUGCCAUCUGCAGGAACCACAUUAUGGAUCUUUGCAUAGAAUGUCAGGCCAACCAGGCAUCUGCCACUUCAGAAGAGUGCACCGUGGCGUGGGGCGUCUGUAACCAUGCUUUUCACUUCCACUGCAUAUCUCGCUGGCUUAAAACACGGCAGGUGUGUCCACUGGACAACAGAGAGUGGGAAUUCCAAAAGUAUGGGCACUAGAAGAAGAAUUCUUCCAUCAAGCUUAACUGUUUUGUUAUUCAUUGACUGAAUCGCUUUCCUGUUACUUAAUUAUAAAUUAGAUAGGACUGUGUCUUUUCUGCUUUGUCUUUUCAGUUUGCUGUUCCUGCAGCCAUAUUGUAUUCUGUGUCAAAUAAAAUCCAGGUGGAUUCUGGAA